AUGGACCGUCGUGUGAAGAUAUCAGACUUGUGGUGCCACUCUCUUUGUACAGCUAUUGAGGAUGCAAAUGCUAUGGGAGUUUGUACCAUAUCAACUGGGAUAUUCAAUGACUAUAGUGAUAGACAAUUUCAUAGAUUCAGACUAACCAGAUUUUUUCCUGCAGAUUCUGGAAGUAACAUUUCGAGAAGUCAAACCGGUUACAUCUCCAACUCAGUGCCAAGAAUGGCGUUAAGCACGAGUUAUUUGAUCUACUCCGUCCAAUACAUCAGAGGCAUCGAUCAAAGUUACUAUGGACUACGUGUGAACCAAACGCAAGAUAUAUCAGACUUGCGAUGCCACUCUCCUUGUACACUUUUUAAGGACAUGAAUGCUGAGGAAGUUUGGUCCCUUUGGGAGAGUUGCUGGUCUUUUCUCCCUUGUAGCAACAACAUAAACAGAGGAUUUAUUGAUGACUGCAAGUUCCUUAGGUUCUCCAAUCUCAGUCUUGUUAUGCCACUCUCUAGGGACAUGAAUGCUAUGGAUGUUUGGUCCCUUUGGGACAGUGACAUGUCUUUUUUCGGCUGUGGAGAAGCGCCAUUCGGUGAUGCAAUGCAACUAGGGACGAACAACUACCAGAAAGAAAUGCUCUGA